UGAGCAGCAUCGCCGCUGGCAGCCGAGCAGAGAGCUCUGCUGAGAACGACUCUCAACGCAAUUGCAAACCACUUGUUCUCAGCCGCUUUAAAACAAGCGACUUUAACAGUGCAUUACAGGGAGCCCGACGUGUGCAACUAACGCCGUAAGCGCAUUAUUUGUUUGAAACAACAGUGCAAAUAUGCAGCCACAGAGAGGGAUCUGAGAAAAGUUUUUAAAGCAAGCUGUUUUUUUUUUAGUUUUUCUUUUUUUUAGAGAUUAAUUAUAGUUAUUUGCGUUACUAAUACCUGACCUAUUACUAAUGAAGCCGCUUCCUGAAAAUUAAACAGAGCCUCAAUUUACUCCGAUUGUGUACGGGUUUUAGACAGAUUUGUGGUUCAGGAGUGUGCCGUGUCUGUACACAACUCUUCUUGCCGCUCACCGACGCGGUGGUGACUCUGCGUUCGGAGUGCCAUGGUAGGUACCCGGGCUCCAGGUGUGUUAUUGCUAUGGCUACUCCAGCUCACGCAGUCCAGCGGGCAGGUAACCAGCUGCCACGAGGUGCGCUCGUCCUUUCAGCUCCUGCACCCAGGGGUGAAGUGGGCACCCGAGAAGCCCGUCUCAGGGUCGGACCUGCAGGUGUGCCUCCCCAGAGGACCCACGUGCUGCUCCCGCAAGAUGGAGGAGCGCUACCAGGCAGCAGCCAAGCAGAGCAUGGAGCUCAGCAUGCAGGCCUCCAGCAGCGAGCUCAAGUUCCUCAUCAUCCAGAACGCAGCGCUCUUCCAGGAGGCGUUUGACGUGGUGGUCUGGCACGCCCUCAACUACACGGCGCUGCUGUUCCGGGGGCCGUGGGCGGGGCUGGAGGGCGAGGCGUGGGGCCCGGUGACGCAGCUCUUCAAGCACGUGUCCCUCUACAUCCUGGGCUUGGACACCAGCGUGGACGACAUGGUCAACUCCUUCUUCGACAGCCUCUUCCCCGCGGUGUACCGGCGCCUGCUCAGCGGGGCCGCGGGGGGCUCCAGGGACCAGCCCUCGGAGGAGUGCCUGAGGGCCGCGCGGAGGGACACAGGGGCCUUCGGACCCCUUCCCAAGCUCAUCAUAACGCGCAUCUCCCGCUCCCUGCUGGCGGCCCGCGUCUUCUUGCAGGCGCUGAACCUGGGCAUCGAGGUGGUCAACACGACGGACCACCUGCGCUUUGGCAAGGACUGUGGCCGCACCCUGCUGCGGCUCUGGUACUGCCCGCACUGCCGGGGCCUGCUGGAGGCCAGGCCCUGCCUGGGGUUCUGCCAGGCUGUGAUGCAGGGCUGCCUGCUGCAGGUGUCCGAGGUGCAGCCCCACUGGCAGGGCUACAUCGAGGGGCUGGCGGGGCUGGCGGGAGGCAUGCAUGGGGGGUACGACCUGGAGAACGUGCUGCUCAAACUCCACACCCUCGUCAGGGAUGCCGUGCUGCACGCACACAGGAACCGGCUGCAUCUGGCCACCCUGGUCAGCGGUAUGUGUGGUCACUCCCCACAGCGGCUAGCUCACUCUGUCCACUCCCCCGAGGAUGGACCUGCUCACCAGCGUGGGCUCAAGAGCCCCCCCGUCGACCCUCACGAAACACUGGCUGGACGCAGAAGGGAGUUCAUCGACACCCUGCAAGGGUUCACUCAUUUCUACAGCAGCCUGCCGGAGGCGCUGUGCAGCCGCGAGUCUGCCAUGCUCAACGACUCCCUCUGCUGGAACGGUCAGGACAUCGCGGAGAGAUACCCUCCUCCGACAAUGAAGAAAGUGCAGCCGCACAGCCCAGACACCAAGCCCAAGGCACUGGAGCCAGUUAUCAACCAGAUCAUCGACAAACUGAAGCACAUUAAUCAGUUGCUGCGGAUGGUGUCGGCCCCGAGGCGCAGGGUGAAGGCUCGCCCAGCAGGGGGCGAGCUGGAGCAGGAGGAGGCACUGGAGAGCGGGGACUGUGACGACGAGGACGAGUGCAGUGGCUCCGGCCAGGGGGGGGCGCCACCGCACCGCAGGAGACUGCGCAUAUUCACAGAGUUUGCAGACAACCUGGAAAUGGAUGACAUCAUUUUCCACAAGCAGCUCCUGCCCCCCCACCAGGGUAAAGAAGGUCGGGGGUCGCGACCUCUGCCAGGGUGCAGUGCCAGGCCUGUCUCCUCCCACCUCGCUGUCCUCGCUGUCUCACUGACUCUCCUCGGAACCCACUGACCGACCCUGCGAGCUCGGACUCUUGAACACUCGGGCCCAUCGUGGGGCCACACCACCCAGUACCUCCCAGAACCACCCAGUACCACCCAGUAUAUCCCAGAACCUCCCAGUACCAUCCAGUACCACCCAGUACCAUCCAGUACCACCCAGUAUAUCCCAGAACCUCCCAGUAACACCCAGUACCUCCCAGAAACUCCCAGUAUAUCCCAGUACCUCCCAGUACCAUCCAGUACCUCCCAGUACCACCCAGCUUGUAAAUAAGUGUGCUGUCAGCGACUUUGUGUUGUUAUUGUGCUCAGCGUUACUUCUGGCAAAACUUGAAUGUUGCAGGGCUGGUGGCAGGAUUCCUUUUUACUCCUUCUAGGUUUGAUCCAGCUGUGUUACUGUUAGCACUCUCUGCAGGGGGUGUUCAUGUCAGGACCGCAAGCAGAGCAUCUUAACCCCUGUGUAAAAGAACCAGACUCCACUGCAGGAGUGGCAGGAGUGGUUAUAGAUCUUACAACAUCACGCCAGGUACGGAAUCCAAAACCCUUUUCUGGAACACAAAACUCACACACAAACAUAGUGCGCAUUCCAGCUUCGUAUAUAGACAUUAUAAAUGCAGAUGCCUAACUAACUUGUAAAAAUACCCCAGAAAACUAAAAAUAAAAUAUAUAUUUGUAGCAAGUCCCGGGGAAACAGCAAAGACUCUGCCCUUCCAGCCCUCAAGUUUUGCCAUGUCUUUCUUUCAGGGAAAUUCUUUAAUGUAUUGUACAGUGUUGAUAUGCAUACCUUGCUCACACCACCUCUCUUUGGAUGUGGAUUCCUGAGAAUAUAUCACUCCCUCUUACACAUGCAGGCCAGGAGGGUGCGGUAUCACAGCUUCAAACCAGUAGCAGUGAGUUAUCACAGCAGCUAUUCCACUAACCCCCUCUCCUGAAUCAUCAGGGCUUUAAGCGAUACCUGGACUGGGGAUGGGGGACUGCUGCUAAUAUACUGCAGUUUUCUUCUACCCUAAAAUACUGCAACUGCGACUUGGAGUUCUAGAUUUGGAUUCAGAUCUGGGGUCAUAGGGAUACUGGGGAGCCAUGUGGCCCAUAUUAAUCUCAGUCUCAUGUCUGAUGACCCCCAUACCAGAUCCCCGCAGCAGUGUGCUCUACCCAGCGGCAGCACUGCCCAGCUCUGCACUACAGCAGGGGGAGCACUGCAGCUGCAGCCCUGGUUAGGUCAGAGUCAUUACUCUUCUGUCCGUCUCUCACUGAAAAUCAGAACCAUCCUUUUAAAACGAUGUGUUUUUGAAGAACUGAGUAAAUGACAAAAAAAAAUAAUACAAAUGACAAAAUACAAUUUGCAUUAAAACAAUAAUAAUGAUAAUUAAAAACAGGACUUGCUAUUGCUGAUUGAGUCUUGUACUGCAUGCGAGCGCCGGGGUUUAGUCUGUGCAUCACUUUGGUUUGCAGUGAGCAGGAGAGUUCAUCCGUGGCUGGAUGGCUGGGUGUCUGAUGGGUGGUGUCUGUGAAUCUUGUUAUCCCUGCAUGCCUGCAUGUACAGUAUAUGUGUUUCGCUGUGUGGAACUGUGUGCAUUCAUCUCUGUAAGUAUGCAUGUCUGUGUGGAGCUGUGCGCUACAGCAAACCCACAGAGAGGAAAUGUGCUUCUCAUCUGCGUCUCUUGCUUGUCGGGGGAAUGUUUGGAAAUCCUGGCUUCUCAUUUGAAUCUGAUAUAUGCUUCUUAUGUUUUUCCUAAAUCCACUACUGGAAAGAACAAUGAACCAUAUUUCAACCCUGCCCUAUCCCAGAAUCCCGUGUCUCGUUUGAUUCCCACAUACAGCUCUUCAUGCUGCUCACGCAUCUCAGAUAUGUCUUGCUUGGUUUUUUAACGAGAUUCUCUUGCAUUCCUCUGUGAAGUGGAAGAUUCAUAGAGGAACAGCAUACUCUCCCCUGAGCCCGGGCUGGGUGCAAAAAAAAAGCAAAUGAUUCAUUAAUGUCAGUCCAGCUUCACUCACAACAAGGGCUGAAUUUAUCUUACUAAGCAAUUCUAUAAAAAAAAAAAACACAUUUAAAAACUGUAGCGGCAGGCAGGGUUCCCAGCCUCCCACCCCAUCCACUCCUCCCAUCCCUCUUCCCAGUGACAGCUCCAGUCCUGCCCCACGGCUGGAUUCCCAAUCUACUGUGGGAUAAAGUAUCUGCCCCCCCGAGGGCUGCCCUGCCCCUGUCCUCAAUCACUGCUGCCCCCUACGGGCCAAACAGGCAUCAAUCAUCCAGAAACGACACGACUACAGCUGUGCUCUGCUCAGUUACUUAGACCUGCUCAGUGUACCUGUGAAAUACUAUG